AUGAGCUCAAGACGCUGGCCUGGCCUGGUCACCGAGAGCUGCCUGCGUCUACCACAAACAACAGCCGCCCUUCGCCAGCGAUGCACAAGAGGCUUGACCCUGUCGCGGCGACGGCGGCAGCAGCAGCUUCAGUUCUCCAGCACGUCCAGUCGAGACGAUAAACAGGUUGCUGUGAUCGGUGGUGGGAUUACCGGCCUGGCAACGGCCUUCCACCUGGCCCAGCAGCGAACCACGCAGGUCACUUUGUAUGAGAAAUCAAGGCAGCUUGGAGGAUGGAUGCAGUCGGAGACGGUUGAUACAGGCGACGGCAAGGUCGUCUUCGAGUACGGUCCGCGGACACUGCGGUAUCAGAUGCCGGAUGUGAUGCCUGUGGUUGAACUGCUGGCCCAGCUGGACUUGCUCAAGUCGACGCUGAGGACGAACAGCGGCACCGCUGCUGCUGUCAACCGAUAUAUCUACUACCCCGAUCACAUUAUCCAAGUUCCAGCACCACAGCCUGGAUCAAGCACGCUGAGCUUCAUCAGGCGUAUCCUAAGCCAGUGGAAUGAGCCAGCGUACAAGGGAUUGCUUUCAGGCUUCCUAGGCGAGCCAUUUCGAGAACUUCGAGACCCGAAAAUGCGCGAUGAAUCGAUAGCAGACUUCACUACCAGGCGAUUUGGAAAACCGCUCACUGACAAUUUCGUCUCUGCGUUAUUCCAUGGGAUAUAUGCUGGAGACAUAGAUCGGUUGAGCGCCAAAGCGACCAUGCCAUACUUCUGGAGCUGCGAAUUGGGUGAACACGGGGUCUUGAUGGAGAUAAUGGACCGGACAACGUCUGGAAAGAUGUCCCUUCAUAGAUAUAGCAAGCUAAAGGCGAUCAAGGAUAUACGGCGGGAUUACUCUGGGGAAUUUAACUCAAAGCUACCUCUAUUAUUUGCUGGAAGCAACAUGCUUUCCUUGAAUGACGGAUUGCACUCCCUCGUAUCAGCCAUGGACCGCCAUCUCUCUGAGCUUCCUAACGUGAAGAUCACCCGGGAGGCCGCUAUAUCUCACAUUCAAUAUGACAGAGCCAAGCAGUCAAUGAUACUCACUGAGGGAUCAAACAUGCCGCCAGUGAGAUAUGACUAUGUUGUUUCGACCACUGCAUCCAGAGUGCUGGCAGACCAGCUCCGUGGACCAGGGGAGUGCACACCCCCAACUGCGACGUCGAGGAUGCUGGCGGCAAAUAACUACGCCGUCAGCGUUAUGGUGGUCAACCUCUUCUACAGUGACCCUGACCUCAUACCAGUGCAGGGUUUCGGGUAUCUGAUACCUCGUUCUGUGCCGAUUGAACAGAACCCUGAGCGCGCGCUGGGUGUGAUAUUCAUGUCACAGGCCAUUGUUGGUCAAGAUACUGCUAAGGGAACGAAGCUUGCGGUCAUGAUAGGUGGCCACUGGUGGGAUGGAUGGAGCAGGUCUGACUUGCCGGACGAGCAAGAAGGCAUAGCCAUGGCAAAGUCGGUGCUUGCCCGCCAUCUUGGGAUCACUCAGGAGCCAGCCAUAGCCAGGGCCCGGUUGCAGCACAAUGCCAUACCGCAAUACACCGUUGGGCAUCACGACCGCAUGGAGGAGCUGCACGAGUCUCUGUCCCGGGAAUACGAUUCUCGCCUGAAGGUGGUCGGUGCCUGGUAUACGGGUGUUGGAGUGAAUGACUGCGUCACUGCCGGACGAGCCCUAGCUGCCGCCAUACGUGAUGGAAGCCAUGAGGAGACGGGCCUGGAGGACUACGUGAAUCCGAUGAAGGAGCUGACUGCUGCAAUGGUGUAG